AGGAGAUGACCAGAGACUGCGGACACAGUACAGGAGAUGUCCAGAGACUGCAGACACAGUACAGGAGAUGACCAGAGACUGUGGACACAGUACAGGAGAUGACCAGAGACUACAGACAUAGUACAGGAGAUGACCAGAGACUGCGGACAUAGUACAGGAGAUGACCAGAGACUGCGGACAGUACAGGAGAUGACCAGAGACUGCGGACACAGUACAGGAGAUGUCCAGAGACUGCGGACACAGUACAGGAGAUGUCCAGAGACUGCGGACACAGUACAGGAGAUGACCAGAGACUGCGGACACAGUACAGGUGAUGACCAGAGACUGCGGACACAGUACAGGAGAUGACCAGAGACUGCGGACACAGUACAGGAGAUGACCAGAGACUGCUGACACAGUACAGGAGAUGACCAGAGACUGCUGACACAGUACAGGAGAUGACCAGAGACUGCGGACACAGUACAGG